UGAUACUGUAUUUCUUGUGAAUUCUUGAAGUUACCGUUAUACAAUACUGUAUGUGCAAUUUUUGUUUGCUCCCAGCACUUUCACACUAAGUUUCCUGCAAGUCUGCAAUGAAUGACUGACUAGCUAUAGUUUAGCUGCAAUUCAUGGAGAGACUUUUUAACUUAUAAUUUGCUUGUGCUUGACUAUGAACUAAAUGGUUCUUGCACUUCAUCUUAGUACUACAAUAUGGUGAAAGCAUAGUGCAUUGAUUUUUACACCUUAAACACACUGCUUGAAAAUAGUUUUAUCACCCACUGAUGUAGAGCCAACUGUCCUGCUCUAAGACUAAAAGUCUGAACUCUUUUAAACAAAACGUGUAAUGAAUGACCUUCUAUAGUGAAUGUUAUGCUUUGUUAAAUAUGUGUAGUGGUGAAUCUCUUGAAUUAUGCUGUUCAUUUUUUAACAUUUAUAUUUGACUUAGUUUGUUGUAAGCUUUAUGCAAAGUUAUUUUAAUGAAUUACUGUGGCAUGCUAGUCCAAAUAAUGUUAAAGUCAGUUUAGGUUGUGAAUGUAAGUGACAUGUACAUAAGAAAAUGCGAUAUUGAAGCAAGUUAAAAAAAAAGACUCCUAGAUCCAUAUAACUGACAAAAUGGGAGUGGGACCUCUGGUUGUUGAGGUCCUUUUGACUUUCGUAGUGGCAGCCGUGGUGCUUUCUCAGUAUGGUAACUGGUACCGCCAUCACCUGGUGGUUACAGUGGCUGUACUAGUAGCCUGGUACUUCUCCAUGCUUAUCGUCUUCAUUCUGCCUCUGGAUGUGUCAAAUACAAUCUACGAGAACUGUCUCCAAGACCAUGUUGAACUGAUGUCAACUAAACACUUAAGAGCAGUAGCUGGCAGUUCGGUGCCAGAGACCAACUUCAGUGAUGCUGCUUUGAGCAACAUACCACUGGAUGAUAGCAAUGAGACAGUACUGACCACCCCUGCACCUCCUGCCCUGGAGUGCCACAAGCCGUGGAGUCUAGUUCCUGCAGGGGUGUUUCCUGUAUUCUGGAGAAUCGUGUAUUGGACAUCACAAUUUUUAACAUGGUUAAUAUUACCAUUGAUGCAGUCCUACACAAAAGCAGGAGACUUCACUGUUGGAACCAAAUUGCGGUCUGCUGUAAUUGACAAUGCCAUAUAUUAUGGGUCGUACCUACUAAUCGUGGGCAUCCUCUUCCUUUACAUAUUGCUUACAGAUCUUGGCCUUGAUGGGGCGAAGAUACGUGCCAUUGCCGCAUCGGCUUCUAACACUUGGGGUUUGUUCUGGUUGGUGUUGCUGUUAGGUUAUGGGUUGGUAGAGGUACCUCGCUCUUUAUGGUACUCGGCCUCCAUUGCCCACACACUUCACCAUUCAUAUUUCCGAGCAGCUAAACUUUCUCAAGAGCGAGCAGAGUCCAAUGAACGAGUUAAUGAUCUUUUACAGAGCAUGCGUGCCCUUGGAGGAAGUGUUGGACCAGGGCACCCUCUUCGUUCUCAUAUGGAUGUCAUUGAGAACAAAAUCCCAACAGAGCUGUUAGAUCGUGUUAUCCGGCAGGCUCCACUAGACUCGCCUCAUGCCGAUGUACCCUCUGAAAAGGCGUUGGUCAGGUUACACAAACAGCUGAUCAAGGCACUACAAAAUCAGCGGCGUGUAGAAACACAGUGGGUGUUGCUGGUGGAGAAAAUUAUGGCAUUAGAAGACACACACCGCAAUGCAAUCUCCCAUGAUACCUCCUUCAAGCACUCCACACCACCUCGUAGACAUUACAUCAUAUCAUACGUAUAUACACCAACAAUGGAAUGGCUUUGGCGGUGCCGUGUGAGAGGCUACCUCCUACGUGCCCUUGCUGUGUGCUUUGCACUAGUGUCAGUGGUGGUGGUGUGGUCGGAGUUGACGUUCUUCAGCACCAACCCAACCAUCUCUCUAUUUGCAGUGUUUGUCAACCUUGCCAAGACUAAUUAUGAUUACUUUACAAUUGAGGUGAUAUCCUCCUUGUCAAUGGCAUACAUAGCCCUGUGUGCCUAUUCAACACUGUUCAAGAUUCGUGUGCUAAACCUGUACUACUUGGCACCUCACCAUCAAACAGAUGAAUAUUCUCUCAUAUUUUCUGGUAUGAUGCUGUGCCGCCUCACUCCACCAAUGUGCCUCAAUUUCCUCUCCCUCAUACACAUGGACUCGCAUGUCAUCAAAGUGCGCACUGAGGAGACACAUUAUACACAGAUAAUGGGCCAUAUGGAUGUUAUAAAGAUCAUCAGUGAUGGAUUCAACAUUUAUUUUCCCAUGAUGAUCGUGGCACUUUGUCUGGCUACCUACUACAGCUUAGGAUCCAGACUACUGUCUGCUCUAGGCUUCCAGCAAUUCAUGUGUGAUGACGAUCUUACAACAGAUCUCAUUGAAGAAGGCAAAACGCUAAUUAGUAGAGAAUCUCGUCGUCGCCAGAGAAUGGAAGAUAAUGCUGCCCGUCGAAAAGAUUUUGCAGAGAGAUUUGGGGGUGGAGAAUCUUCUGCCAGUAUGUACAGAUCGGCUCGACAACGGGCAGAAGAGUUAGUCCGACCAUUGAAACGAGAUGAUUCUUCUGAAUCGGCUCAGCUAGAGCUUCUCGGGGGUUCAGACAGCAUCGCCGACUACUCGUCACGAACAACCACCUCCUCUCUUACCAUGGAUGAUGACCUGGAAACUGGUCAUGGAGGUGGCAGGAUGUCCGGGCUGGCACAAUAUUCAAGAGCUCGAACUCAUAAGCCUGAUAAAGGACUGUUUGAUGAUGUAUAAGUACUACAAGAUCCCAGAAAAGCCUUAUUUAACUUAUUUUAAAAAUUGAUAUGAUUCUCAACCUAAUCAUUGUCAUAUGACAUUAUAUUAAUAUAAUAAACUGUUCUUAAAUUUUUUUUAAUUUUAACAGGUUUCCAGGUCAAUAUGUUUGUUUGGAUUAAGAUUCCUUUUCUUACAUUAGCAUGUUCCAUUUGUAAAAUAGUUAUAUACAAAAUAUUUAUCAUAUUUUCAUUGCACAAAUGUUUAGAAAAACUCAUAGUACUGUAAAUUAAAUUGAUUUUUUUUCUGUGACCCAAGAAAAGUAUCUAAGUAAAGAUAUAUACCCAAAGGUAUACCCAAAGGUAUACCCAAAGGUUUGAGAGUAAAUUAUGAAUAACAAGAUCUGUAAUAAUGCUGAUAUUAUCAAGGAGUUCUCAGGUGUUUACCUAGUCAGUUACUCAGUGACGAAUUAAGACCCAAUUGCCGUGAAACCUCGGUGUUGGUAUCCUUGUAAUACAUGGUAUGCUCUAUGUCUAGUACAAGAGCUGGGACACUAGAAAAACAGCAUAUUAGUAAUAUUGUAACUAGAAAUAUCUGUACUGUACCUUGAAGUUAUCAGUGGAUGUAGCUAAUUAAAUCACAGGUUGUAUAUCUACAGGUAUUUCAUAUAACAAGAAUGCCACAUUUUAGACUAGAAGGGUAUGAAUGCAACUGAAUUAACAUCUCGUGUAAUUUCCCUGAGAAUUAUGUACAUCUUUAGUGUGGCUUCAAUUAGACCAGAACCUUAACUUGAUGGUGACCUAAUUUUAGCCUGCCAUUGUUAAUAAUACAGUGCAAAUUGUCUAGCUGCAUGACAACCUGCCUCUAGAACUAGUUACUAGGUCAUGUGAUACUCGUAUGAUGUUUUGAUCUUACCCCAUCAGCUUGAGUAUAUUAAUGACAAUUUUGGGCAUAUCAUGCACUGUAUAACUCAUGAGUGAUGGAAGCUAACACGAGGAAUAAUUAAGAAUUGUUGUGGUUAAAGAUAAUGCACUUGGCAUGUGUGUGUCUAAUACAACAUUGGUUGUUUGAAUACUAAUAAAUCUUAAAUUGAA